AUGUGGAUGUGUAUAUAUCCCCCUACCUCCAGAAGAGGCCAGGGGUAGACGUCGAGGACAGAGACACUGACCAGCUGCUGCUCCGAGGCUGCACUUCCACUGUGACCGUCAUGAAGCUGCUUGCAUUGGCUGUGCUGCUUGUCACCAUCUGUAGCCUCGAAGGGGCUUUGGUUCGGAGACAGGCAGAGGAGCCGGGUGUACAGUCACUGGUCACCAGGUAUUUUCAGACCGUCACUGACUAUGGCAAGGAUUUGAUGGAGAAGGCGAAGAGCUCGGAGAUUCAGACCCAAGCCAAGGCUUACUUUGAGAAGACGCAGGAGCAGCUGGCACCCCUGGUCAGGCAAGCUGGAGCUGAUCUGAUGAGCUUCUUCAGCAGUUUAAUAAACCUUCCAGCUCCUGCUGCUGGUGCUAAGUGAGGUGUGGGGACUAGCCUUCCCACCCCAGCUGCCCCACUGGGGCAGCCCCUCUUCCCACCUUCUGCCGGAUUUCUCCAAUAAAUGCGGAAGGAGUCAAA